AUGGCAUCCAAAGCAGAAAUCGCAGCCUUGAAGGAUGAGGUCUACGAAGCCUGCGUCCCGAUUGCAAAGGACAACCCCAGAAUCGUAUUGAGACAAGCCGAUAUCCUCGAUCUGGACAUCAUACCCAACGGGAAUCUCCAGACCCUCCUCGAUGUCGCGCAAUCCUUGCUCAAUGAGAAAUUGUUCAAGGUAGUGCACGAUUCAGAUGGCAUGGGAUGGAAGCUCCGCACUGUAGACGAGGCAAAGAAAUACCGCGCCCUGUCCGUAGAGCAAGAAGCAGUCUACUCCCUGAUCGAUGAAGCGGGCGAUGAAGGUAUCUGGUCCAAGACCAUAAAGGCCAAAACCAACCUGCACGAUUCCACCUUCACAUCAUGUAUCAAGCACCUCAGCUCCAAAUCGAUGAUCUCGGAGAUGAAGAGCGUCGAACACCCUACCCGAAAAAUGUACAUCAAGUCCAGCCUCUCGCCGUCUGAUCGAGCAACAGGUGGCCCUUGGUACACGGAUGGAGAGCUUGAUGAGGAGUUUAUCAAUGCAGCGAUGACGGUCCUGUUUAAUUAUAUAUCGACGAGGACGUUUUAUCGUAGUAAGAGUGCGUUGAGGGAGGCACAGAGAAGCCCGAAGAAGGUAGUGAGGAAGAUGUCGCCGGAGCAAGUCAAGGAGGCGAAGGCCUUGAGGAAUGAGGGGUUGGGUCCUAGGGGUGUAGAGGCUGGACAGGUGGAUGAGAGGACGGCGAAGAGAAUGAAGUAUGAGAGUAUGCUUCCUAUGCCGGCGGGGUAUCAGGGGUAUCCGGGCUUGGAUGAGCUUACCCUUUUUGUGGAGGAUUCGAAAGCCUUUUCGCAGAUUCUGACGGCGAACGAUAUCCAGACGUUGUUGGAUAUCAUGUGUUUUGAUGAUAGGAUUGAAAAGGUCAUUGCUGGAGCGGAGGGUGUGUCGUAUAAGGCGUUGAGGAAGAGUUUGCUUGACGAGGACCAAAGAAGCAGUGUGCUCACUGAAGCUCCUUGUGGUCGAUGUCCGGUUUUUGAUCUUUGCGAAGAGGGAGGGCCGGUUGGGCCAAGCAAUUGCGAGUAUUUUGCUGACUGGCUUAGCAUGUGA